AAAAAAACAUAUGUCAUUUUCGAAAUUUUUGGCGAUUACAAUACUUCCUUCAUCCAUAGGCGUGGGAACUAAAGUUGCAGGUUUGGCGGUCCUUACGGUUAUGUUGAUAGCUAAGAUGAAUAUUAAAAAAACGUGCCUAUAACCUUGUUUAUCUAAAAUCGUCUCCAGCUGUACUAAAAGAAAUUUGUUCCUCUGACAAAUAUGAGAGAAAC